GCUAUGGUAAAAGCUUACAAUUUGAUUCGAUCUGGAUUUUGCGACGCAGCUAUUGUCGCUAGUGUCAAUUUGUGCAUUCAUCCUCUUAUAACUCAACAGUUUCAUCUUCUGGGAGUUUUAUCCGGCGAUGGCUACUGUAAACCUUACGAUGAAGAAGGUACCGGUUACAUGCGUAGCGAUGGGGCCACAGUAGUGUACUUGCAAAAAGCAAAGGAUGCAAAAAGAAUUUAUGCGACUUUUGUUUAUGGUAAAACCAACUGCGAUGGUUUUAAAGAAGAAGGAAUUACUUUUCCAUCAUUAGAUAAACAAAAAUUAUUAUUGGAAGAAUUUUACAAAGAAUGUAACGUUUCACCCCUUGAAUUAUCUUAUUUAGAAGCUCAUGCAACUGGCACUAUAGCCGGAUCCCGUGGAGCUUCAAGCAAUCGACGAAGCUUUAUGCAUCAAAAGAGAUCUUCCUCUAUUAGUAGGUUCAGUAAAAUCGAAUGCUGGACAUUCUGAAGCCGCUAGCGGUCAUUGUCAAAUUGCAAAGGUUUUAAUAGCGAUGGAAACUGGUAUAAUUCCUCCUACUAUACAUUUUAAACGUCCACGAAAG